GUUAUGCAAUUCCAUGACCCGUUUUAGCCCGGAAUAUUGAUAAUCAUUCAGUUGGGAGCGGAUUUUUGGAGCAAUCGGACAAAUUUUUAAAGUUUUGGACAUCAUGAGUCUCAUCAGGGCGGAUUUGCUGAAGGAGUUUGCGUUCUGGAGUACUCUUUUAGUGAUUAAAAUCCUGGCGAUGGCUCUGCUGACUGCCAGAGUGAGAUUUGGAAAAAAGGUGUUUGCCAAUCCCGAGGACAAUUUCGAUAAGAAAUCAAAAAUAACGACAGAUGAUCCUGACGUUGAGAGAGUGAGGAGAGCCCACAGGAAUGAUCUGGAGAACAUUCUCCCCUGGUUCGUAAUGACACCAAUUUGGCUCACCACAGGGCCAUCCUACUUCUUGGCAAUGAUUCUCAUAAGGACAUUCGUCGCUGCUCGAUUUGUCCACACCCUCGUCUACGCAAUUGUCCCAAGACAGCCCCAUCGAGCUGUCGCCUUCUUCGUGGGCUACGGAAUAACAAUGUACCAGGCAAUCUCUACUUUGCUCCAUAAUCUCUAGUUCCCAACAAUUUUCAGCACAAGUGAUGUUAAUUGUGCCAAUUCAAAUGAAUCUGUCAAGCCUAGUAAAUAUUUUGUACGAUUUUUCGACAGAAGAUAUUUUUUGUAUCUCAUAUGCUAAUAAUAAAAUGGUAAAUUUCAAUACA